GCCUCUAACACGGAGAAUGAAGCACCCACCAUGGACCUGAUUUGCGGAGUCCUGUGCUUUCGUAUUAGUCGUUAGUGCUUGCGCUCCGGAAUUCGAAACGUCUGCAAGGAAUUCAGGAUCGAAUGGUUGAUCCUGGCUUGUAACAGUGUAGAGUAGCUCCCUAGAAGCGGCCAGGGUAUGCCAUAGGUCUCUUGAAAUGAUGACGCGUGGCAGGUUGGCCAACCCGCGAAGAUCUGGGCCGUUCGUUCGAUAUGGCCUACCGAUGCUGUCGAUGAUGGUCGUCGGAUCCGUGGGGCUGGGCUACAUGGUGCAAGGCAGGCGGGACCUGGAGCGAGCUAAGGACGACGGGGAGUGGGCGGCGCUAGAGGCAACUCGAUCGCUGACGAGGGAAAGCGACAUUGGAGAGCUGAAAACGCCGGCUAAACGGAAAGCGAUGGACCUGGAGGAAGAGCUCAAGAGCAUGCAGCAGAAGAUCGACAUCAACAACUAUGAGUUCAAGCCCGUGCCCAAGCCCAAGGAGGACUAACUGACCCAGAAUCCAUACUGUAGAUACUGUAGCU